GCAUUUGUCAAACACAAUUCUAUGUUUAUAUUAUUCUUACCUACGAGAACAAGGAAAUCAUUUUGAGAGUUUUGGUUCAGUUUAUAAGGUCUGGAAAUUUUACAGCACACACCUAGCAUAACCUCAAAUUUUAUCAUUUUGUACAAAAGUGUUGAUGCCUCGUUAGUCGUAAUAUUAUAACAACCAUAACCUCCAAAUAUUGUGUUAAAUAAUACUAUGGGUAUAGAAGUUUUGUUUGUGUCCAGUCUGUGGUGAAACACACUUUGACAUGUUACUGUAUUCCCUCUAGUACUCUUCUGCUCAUGACAAGAAUUGUUUUCAUGCUGUCUUGUGCUACAGUUGAACUGUCAUUUCAAUUCAGGACUUUUGAAAUAACAAUUCUUGUCUAGAGCUGAUGUAAUUAGAAUGUUAGGCAUUGUAAAACAUAGAACUUGUACCUGUUGUCCCCAUUAUGUAGGAUAUUGCUCUAAUAUUAAACUAGUUUGGUAUACUGUAGGCUAUGGCUCAAAUGUGAUGUUAUUAUUAAGAAUCCUAAAUUAGGUGUUUGUUUUAAAUUUUAAGCGUUAUUUAUCCUGUGUGGUGGUGUGUUUGUAUUGGUUUGUAGUCAUUGUUAAGCUACAUCACCAACGGUGUUGAAUAGGUUAAGUGCCAUGCUGUUUGAAGUGUGUGUAGAAAUGUUUUUUGUGACAAGCUGCUUUCACCACUCCUUCACAAUCAUCACCAUCACCAUAUGGCGAGCAAACAUGGAUGAAACCUCUGACUCCAGGUAGCGUCAGUAUGGGGUGCUUCGGGAGCAAAGACAAGCUAUCAAAAGAAGACAUGGAUUUUCUCAAAUCGCAUACAAGAUACGACGAGCCCACAAUCAAGGAGUGGUAUAAAGGAUUUAAGGAGUUCUUGCUGGCCAUCGACGUGACUUCGUCUGGGACGCCCGAGGAGAAGCUCAAGUGGGCCUUUAGGAUGUACGACGUGGACGGCAACGGUGUCAUCGACAUCCACGAAAUGACCAAGAUCGUGCAGGCCAUCUACGACAUGUUGGGCGCGUGCUCGUCUAACCGGCCGGCUGACUCAGCCGAGGAACGCGCCAAGAACAUCUUCGCCAAGAUGGACGAGAACAACGACCAACAGCUGACGCAGGAAGAGUUCCUCAAAGGCUGCCUGCAGGAUGAGGAGCUGUCCAAGAUGCUUGCGCCUUAGGCUGCUCCAAGACAUGCGGUCGUGUGUGUGAAUGUGUGUGUGUGAGUGCGUGGGCGCGUGCGUUGUGUUUGUUGUGAUGAGAAUGUUUGUACAAAGAGAAAACAUUCCACCUGAAAGAGGCCAAUUCUGUUCCCGCUCGUCUGCGGGAUCGGCCCAAACUCCUCCAGCUAACGCACCAAAUGACUCAUCUACUACUGCUUUAAGGGUCGAGGCUCGAACCUCAGACGGAACCGAACGGUACGAUUGACUUCACCGAUCCGAGUUUGCCUGAUCCGAGAAGAUGGCAGGAGUGUGUUCCCAUAACUUAAGAGGCCUGGUUACAUUGGCAUUCGCGUCGGAGGAGAAGAGCAUCUUGCUGCAUGUCAAUAAUGAUGAGAGUCGGUAUCAGACUACGCACAAUUUUGUUUGACUCGGGAGACAGCUUAAAUUUUUGUAAAAAGUAUGUCUCGAAUAUCAGUUUUACGGGUGGUUUUUUGAAUCAUUAUUAUUGUUAUUGAAAAAAGUUUAUUUGGAAGUUUAUCAACACGUUGAGUGAGACCUUCGCCUCCAGUCGGUCGCUGCUGUAGUGACCACUGGUAAAGUGUUGGCCACAUGAACCAUCUAUAUAGUGACAACCCCACAUUAACGUGUUAAUCUACCCAUAUUUUGUUGCUGGACACCAAUAGCAAAGAAGUAAAACUAAUGCGGCACACCUGGAAUUUUUCUGGGACAUCAUGUGUCAAUUGAUUUGACCAAAUUUUAGCUUCAGUUUCUUCUUGUGGCCAGAUUUUAAGCUUAGGUUUGAACUAGCCUUUUUUUUUAUUUAAUAAUUUUUCCUUGCCAAAUUAUGAAGUCGCCGAAAUUUUAUUUUAAUUACCCCUUUUAUAACCAGCUAUGAGUGCAUGUUAAUAGUAUAUUUCAAUAACAGGUAAUGUUUGUUCUUUGUUAUUUUUUUUAAGUGCACAUUUCUGAGGUGAAGUUUAAUCAAAAACUGAAAUCAGGCCAAUAAUACUGUCCAUGACGAGUCUUCGGUUAAAAGGAAAUCUUGACCCCUUUCACUCUUUUAAUAUUUUUUGGAUAUGCAUUUGGUGACACAUUCACUGAUGUGAGACUAGUCUCCAGUGAGGUUUAAGACUUAUGCGUACAAUGACAGCCAGAAGCUUCGUAGCACGAAGGGUGGCCCACGGACGGACCCCUUGUAGUUAUACUGUCCCACCGCGUGCAGGCGUACGGGCGGGCAGGGAUGUCUACCGUCACUAACCAUGGCGCCUUCGGGCUCCGAACGAGAAGACAAUCCGCCUACCGCCCAUCCGCCUUCAUGUGGCACCUUAUAACUACAAAAAAGGUGUCCGUAUUCCACCCUGUAUUAAUGGCGCACUACCUGCUCCUUGAAAUGAAACGUUUUUUUCCCCCUUCUGAUUGAUUGUUGGGUUAGUGCUCAGUGCUCCACGGAUUGCGGGAUGAAAAGCACAAACUUGAAGGAGUCCAAAGCAGCAUACUUUCCACUCUUCUCUCUCAACUCAUGCAUUUUUGACAUACUUUACUGAGAAUUUUUUCUACGCCCUGUUAAGAGAGCGGAAGGAGUGGUUCUUUGAGAAGCACUUUGUUUUUGGUCUAAGUACUAAUUUUGUCUUCCAUCAGCUGCAUUUGUUUACACUACUCAGCCCCCUUUCUAUGUCAUUAAUGAAACAAGGGCAACUAUUGAAACUAAAUUGAACUUCAUUAUGUGAGAAUGAUUGUGGUUACCUACUUAUUAUUAUGGUAGAGUAAGGCACUUACCUUUUUUCUUCCUCCUGUUUAUGGUCUUAGCAGUCUAAUUUAGACAUACAUUAUAGUCUUUUGACCAGCACAAUAUGUAUGGAACUAUAGUACUAAAAGGUCUGCAUGCAUAACACCUCAUGUGAGUUUGCGUUGAUAUGCUUCAAAAAGGACUGAUUUCUACUAACAAUUGUUUCUGAUGUGCGGGUUUUAUGAGCAAGGGUUUCACUGCAUCAGUCUUCUCCAGUCUUCCUCUUUCUUUUCUCAGCAUCAGGAACAGCCUCUAUGCUUUCCCAGAUUCACUCCUUCCUCUUCCUCAGUAUACCCUUCUUUUUACCUACACAUGUAAUUUGUAGUUGCCCUGCAUUGCAAUAUCGAUGGGGAUUACUUAAGGACUCACAAUUGUUUGUAUGGACUUUGAGUUUUAUGUUCUAGAAUUGGCUAUCAUUGUUUUGAUUACAAACUGUACUAAACACACAACCGUACUUCAGGAUUGUACAUCAGUGUCUCAAUCCUCUUCUUGUUUUCCUAAUUCUCUGAGUGUCAAUAUGUAAAAUAAUAUCAUCACAUCAGCAUUUUCCUCCGACAAAGAGAAUGCUUUUCUUAAUUGGCUAGACAACUUGACAAAGGAAUAUCCUUUGUAUCCUGUGUAUAUGACAAUUCGAGUGACAUAUGAUGUGAUGUUAUAUGUAUAUUAGCUUGAAAGUUUCACAAGCGAUGAAAUCGCACAUUCUAUAAGUCUGAUAAGGUACCCUUAUAUCCGCACUGAAACACUGAGGCUUGCCUUUUCAUUUUUUUACAUAAAUAUUUGAAUCUAGAAUGAAAAAAGAACUGUUUUAGGAUUUUGUUGUACACUCAGGUAGGGAUUAGUCACCUAUUCUCUUAAUCUGCCCAUAAUGCUUCAGUUCGGAAUGUAAGUGUUUACCCUGGUUGCUCCAAUAACACCCAACAAAAAAAUGCAAAUCCACUUUUACUCAGUACAUUUAUUAUUCCUUAUUGCAUCUUCCACAUAUUUUAUUUCAAAGUGUUUUCAUUGAAUUUAAAAACGAAAGCAUUUAGAACAGCAUUUAAUCUCUGUAUUAUAUGGCUUUAUCUGAUGUACUAAUUGACUUCCAUUGACAUCCAUGAAAACUAUUACAACUUGACUUUCGGUUCUUUAGGCAACAUACAUUCUUUAAACACAGCAGGUCAUGUAAAAAAUUUCUAUAAAUCUUUUGAAAGGGAAUUUCUUUACAUUAAGGUCCUUAAAUCUUUGUUAGGGCACAAACUUAAUAAGUAAUGUAGAAAGCACAAUCAUUUCUAUUUUCUUCUCAUUCCUUUGCAACAUACUCCCCUCUAAUUUUUUUAGUUCUUUCAGAGUACUAAAGAAACUGUAUGCUUCCUCUACCUGUUUCCACUAUCUCUUCCUGUCUGACUUCUGAAUUUAGUGUCUAAGUAUUGUACAGUCCAUAAAGAACAUAAAUUGUAAUCAGUUUAGCUUUUCCCAAUAAGUGAAAUCUUGCAUUUUAAAUUUUCAUGUUUCUGACCACCUUUUAUGUGUCUUCUAGUUGAUGGAAAUGUAUUCUUGAGUUAGUAAAGCCUUUGUUUUGUAUUGUACAUACAGAAUAUCCUCUCUUCCUCUACUCUAUAAUUUUAACAGUAAUCAGUGUUUCUGGACAAAAUGUCAGUUACAAAGAAUACUAUGUCUUAUGGUGAAACAUUUGUAUUUCUUUGAAUAUCUUAAUGUCUGUCUGUCUGGUUGAGUUAGUCCAAGAAACGGGCGAUUUGGCAGGCGCGCAUGGUGAAUGCUCAUUAGUCCUUACCUGGCUUGUACUUGGGCCAGGUUGCCUCACACAGAGCAUGGUACUUGUCCAAUCGAAUGGACAAUAAAUACUUUGUAUAGGCCUAUUUUCUGAUGGAAUAAGUAGGUACAUGCUCGAUUAGUAAGUAGUCUGUGUGUUACUGUAUUAGAGUGCAACCACUCACAAGGUGCAACCACCAACACUACUUUGACUUUUCUGAUACUUUUUUGUCAAGUUUAAAAGAUCUAAACAUUUACCUAAGUCAUAAAUCCAGUCUGGACGAUAAGCAUACACCAUAUUUGUUUUCCUCUCAGAAUCUCAGGGACUGCUUUAAAAAGAAAACAUGGAAACGAGAAAUUGAAACUGUGAGUGCCUGCUGUUAGGUCCCUUGGCCAGCUCGUGUGCUAAACAUGAGUGUCCUAUUUAUCAUUGCUAUAAUAACUCAGAAUUUUUUCAUAAUUGUUGUUCGAUCUUGGUGUAAAUAUUUUCUGCUUUAUAACUUCCAUUUUACAGUUUAAAACAAGAAAAACAUUUCUCAAUGUUAAUGUCAUGAGUGUGUCUUGCUAUAGUAAGGUUAUUGUCCUCAUCCAGUAUCCAUUCCAUGACUGGUUAUAGCUCAAUAGCUUUUCAUAGCCUAAGCACCCAAAAGAAAGUGAGUGGGUCAGCUUAAACCAUGGUAAUAGGGAAUUUUUCUCUUGUUAUCAUGACUGUUACUAAAUUCAAGAAGAUAUGGAUCAUUACUGUGCAAUGGUUAUGAUUCCAUUUUGUGAAUUGCAUAAUUUUAUUUCUAGUCAAAUUUAGUAUUCAAUCAACUGAACCAAACAAUACCAACCAUUCUAAGAAUUAAUUGUUUCUCAAAGAAAAAUGGUUUUGAAUAUUUCGAAUGGAAGUUUUCAAAGAAAAACAAAAAAAACACCCACUACUUGGGAACAAUUGUGUUUAAUACAAGUAUCUUGCUCUCCCCAUUUAUUUCUUCUCUUAACCUGAUCGUUUUGCUUCAUUUCGAAUUUUUAAAUAUUCGUGUUUGAAAAAUUUGCUGCUGUCAUUCUACUGUAGUAAAAACUUCUUUGUGAUUUUUCAUAUCUUUAACAAUGCUAUAUAAUAAUUGUUUGUACGGUGAAAUUGAAGAAGAAAUAAGAUCUGUGCAUAUCAUGAUUCUGCGUUAACAGCAGUUUUGCAAGAAACUCUCAUUUCUCCAGAUUCUUUUGAUGAGUGUUUGAAAGGACUGGUGUUGUAAAUUCAUUUACAGAGGUCUGUGAACAUCAUUUUGAUAUCAUUGCAUUGCCUUGCUUUGUUUUAGUACUGCUCAUGAAAAUAAUGGGUAGUGAUAUUUUAUUAUGUUGAAAGCCCUCCUGUCAUCUUUAUUCAAUCAUUUCACUUAUCUAGCUCUAAGCCUAAUAUAGUCAAGUGAACCGGGGUCAACUAAAUCAGUUGAUUGCACAAAAUUCUAAGCAAAAGCAGUGAACUCAUGUAAGCUACUCAACCUUCUCGGGCAUUACCCACUCUCUUGCUUAAUUUUGGUAUAUGUGGAACUAUUGUUGAAGUUUGGGAUGAGAUGCAUUGAAAUCGCAGCAGUUACUGUUGACACAAAAUGCAAAAUUUCUCCUAAAUAAAAAGGGUUAAAAAAAGAAGAAGAAAGCGAAUACCAUUGCUUUUUCUGCACUUUUCUAUUUUUCUACUUGUAAGCUGCACAACUUGUGAUAACCAUUUAGACCUUUAUCUGCAGUCCCCACUUUAUUCCAUGUGUUUUAAUGUUAAUAUCUAUGUGAAUAGUUACAAAAUAUACUUGUGUUUUGUAUCUGUUGAUGAGAAAAUUACAAUUUUAAUACAUUACGAAUAUUAUUUGUAUGAUCAAUUUAUGUUUACAUGUAUAUACGGUUAAUAUAUAUAAGUAUACAUGUACAUACCUUAUAUACAAUAAUUCUUUUAGAACCUUAUUUCCUCUUGAGAUUUGUUUCUUAGUUCCUUUAGUUCUUUUGGUAUACUACUUUACCGAAUCCAUGUUUAAAUCUAUGUUAAAGGUGUGUGUUGAAAAUAGUACCCAGACCCAUUCAGUGUCAUAUCUCAUAUCCUCUCAUACACAUCAAUAGCAUUGUGAUUUUCAAAAAUUUGUGUAAUUUUCCAAACCUGAAACCAAAACUCUUAAUCCAAUAAAAUUUAAGUAUCACUCAAUGCAA